UAAAAACGCUUUCUACUGAGAGCCUCUUGAAAUUGUUCUUCAAUCAUUAUCUGAGUUUUAUUAUGAUGCCCAUCAGCUCUAGUAUGGGAGAUGAACUGAAAUUUCCGCAGAGAUGGGAUUUUAGGAGAAAAGAUGAGAGCUUCGAUUCUUCAAACAAUAACUCAAAAUCAAAUUCCAUCAGUGAGUCUGUCCUCAAGGACUAUGAUUAUGAUGAAACUAACAAUAAUACUAGCAAACUUCAACAGAACUUAGAUAAUGAUUCUGGUUUUGAGGAUCAAUUUCGUUAUGAUAAAAUUGAAGAAAAGAAAGUCAAAAGAAGUAAAAAAAAGGAUUGUUGUGAACAAGUCAAUAGAAAGAAAAGUAAAACUAGUGCUUAUGUUCUUGGUGCAACCAGUGAUGUUAAGAGUUUCACAGAGGCCUUAUUAGAGGAUCUUAAAGCUACAAGAGAAAAUUUGUUUACAUGGAUGAGGGAAGAGAUAAAUAAAAUGAUAGCUGAUGAUACUGCUCCUAGGAAAAGGAGGAGAAAAGGAGCUUCAAGAGGGAAGAAAGUCCAAUCUUUGCAACAGAACGAUUCUGAGAAAAUGGAAGUUCAAUCCCAGAAAAACUUUAAGAAGAACCUGAAAUUGAAGCACCAAAAAACCACUGAGGAGGGAAUGCAACAACAGAACAACUUUCAGGGCCAAUCUAUGGAGAGCUUUGUUAAAAAUACCAAAGCAGCUGAUGCUAAUAAUCACUGUCAAGUACUUGAUGAUCAGGUUGAUGCUGGCAAAGCUACCGAUUCCAUGAUAUCAGAAGACAAGGCAAGAGAAGGGAGGUUAGCUUUAACUUCUAACUCCAACUUACAGUCCAGUUCUUCUGACCAAUAUGUCAAAUUGCAGCAUCCAAAGAGCGUUGUAUUGGCCAUACAAGCUCAAAACUACAAUGAUGGAUCUUCAAAGAGGACUGUUGUCCGCACAAAAAGAGCUGAUUCUAAUAAACUCUGUCAAGUGCCCGAAGAUAGAACUGGUUACAGCAUAUCUAUGGCAUCUUGCGAAAAGGACAAAGCAACAAAGUUGAGAUUACCCGUUGAGCAAAAUUAUAGACACAACUCCUCCUCCUCCUCAAUGUAUUCAACAUUACCUACAUUCUUAAGUGAGUCCCCGGCCUUGAAUAGCAAGCUUGAUACUUCCUUCUUGUGUAAUCUUAUUCAACCAAGAGUUGAAGGAAACAAAACCACAGUGAAUUUGGAAAGAGCAAAUCAAGUACUUGAUUCUAGCACUUAUUGUGGAUAUCUUCCAAGCAUUCAACAAGAAGAACGAGGAGGUGAUUUUUCUCAAAUGGUUUCCAGAACUAUGAGUCCUUUUGAUCAGAAUGGCAUCCCAAGUUCAAGUACUGGAACUGGAUACCCAGUCCCACUUCAACAGGGUAUGGCCAUGGGUAUUGGUGGUUUAAGCAGUCCAGGCCAGUUCUAUUUUGAAAAUAAUCCCCGAGAGAAUUGCAACAUGGUAGGUCUGAGAAUGAAUGGAGGAGCUAUAACAUUUUCUGGGGGAAACUAUGAAUUAUCAGAUCAUUUAGUUGCUGACAACCUCUACAGCCAUCUAAAUUAUAAAGCUGAUAGUAGAUUUUUGCCCUAUCAAAUCCCAAGCAAUAGAGAUGGUUUUCUGUUCCCCAAGUAGUUCAACCGGGUUUGAAUAAUGAGGCAUGAACCAAGAUUCUAUACCAAAAAUUUUAAUUCAAAUGGUGCUUAUGAUGCCUUGCUCUUU